AUGUUAUCGCGACGAGAAAAACUUCUUCAACAACCCUGGGAUGAAAGGCGAUAUAAAGAUCACCGAUCUAAGGUAAAAUCAGCACUUCCCGCCAUCGACGACCGCGCUCCUCCCGCCCGACCUCAUGUUGCUUUGAAGUUAAAAAAGGUGCAGAAAGAAUUGGACAGGAAAGUCAAGAUUCAAAACGAUAACUUCAGUUUAUUGCAGCGGCUGAAUGCUAUUAUGAAAGUCAACAGACUGGAUAAUCAUUGGGCGAAACCACUGCCUAAUUUCCAACACAAGGUGGGACAAUUUUACGACGUUCAGUCUUUGAACAGUCGCCUCGCCACUCGAUAUGCGAGUUCGAUAUGUGACUCUUACCACGCUAAUGCAGUGAAAUGCUUCGCUUGCGAGUAUAAGAAAAUAAAUCAAACCAAGAGAUACUCGAUCGGCGAAUCAUCUUUACCAUCCAUCCACUUCAGUCAAUAAUUGUAUGAAAUAAAACACAUAUAAAUUGGACAGAAUUUAUUGUUAUAUAGUUACAAAUGGGUUCCGUAUCCGAACAUAAUGUCACGUCGUGUCCCGUAUCAAUGAUACUUCCGAGUUAUAAGUCGAAACAUAAAUACUAUGUUAUGAUUAUCAAAAGCAAUGUGUAAGCGGAUACACUAGUCGUCCGGACUUACUUUAAAGCUAUGCUGUCCGUCCUCAUUUUAGUUGGAUCCACGGGAAUGUGCUCGAGCGGAUCAUUAACAAAAGAUUUUAAAAUAAAUCCAACAUUGGAGCAUUUUAUAUUAUAACAUGUAACAGUCUUGGUAGCACAUAAAACUGUAACUACAUUACGUAGCAAUUCCUCAAUCUAACUGAUCUGUGCUAAUAAAGGGUCGAUAGCGUGACGCUAUCUGCGCAAACAUUCUCAACAUAUAUAGAAUCGGCCUCCGCUAGCUCACACUCCCGCAGCCCCGAGCCUACGAAUACGAAAAAACAAUGAAAAACUCUUCAAACAUCACAAUAUUUUGUAUCACAACGAAACCGUAGCACCGAUUGUCAAACAACAUUAAUCAUUACUUUACUUUAAAAACGCGAAUUUUACAACGAACACGGUGCUAAGGCCUUUUUGCUCGACGCCCGUGAACCGACGAACCGGCGGCCGACACAACAGAACUCUUGGUUCGUGAAUCCAUCGGGCCGUAACCGUCUCCACACUCGACUGCGGCACAAGCCCCGCUGGCUAGGAUCGACGAUAAAAUGUUACCUCAAUUCGAGUACUGUACACAAUUAGAUAUUUCCAAAUAAACAUUUGUCUAAUCGCAUCAUUAUUUUUUUUUUUUUAAUAAAAUAAAUUAUUUCACAACAGACACUUAUUAUUGCUAUGCCAAUAGUUCGACGUGAGCGGGUCGCGGGAUGAAUGGCAGCGGCGCUGGAGUCCGCGGGGGGCGAUUCUCGAACGGCCAAUUCAUUCUAGGAAAAUAUACAGAUUAUAUAAUAUACAGCCGCUGUCGACUGCGGGGCGAUCCCGUUCACGUGAAAUUAUUGAAUGAUCCUAGAUUCUAUACAAGACGUCCCAUAGUAAUCCGAAAUCGCAUCUGACUAAACAUAACUACCAAAACAAAGACUUCAGAUAGUAUGGAGUGUCUUCCUGUCCACAGAUGUGGACUCGUGUGUCGAUGUGUGGAGGUGUGUGUGUGUGUAUGUGUGGUGUGGUGUGUGUGUGUCUAGAAGCGGAAGCCGUCGUGAGGGCCGCUGGACGCCGGCUCGAACUGGAAGGCUUGUUCUGCCGACGUUGGUACCAGAGUCGCGUCU